GGACCUCGUAUCCCACCUUGUACUGUUUACAAACGCUUAUGACAGCUUGUAAGGGGCCGCUAGAUGCAUAGAAGUGGGGAGUUUUCAGUGGAUUGGUAUAACCGGAGUGAUGGACCGUGACAACUUAUCUAUUUGCUCAGACUCGCAUUGCAGCCUUGCACUGCAUCAUGAUAUACAGCCGCUUCAUGCACUCUUACCUCAACAUUGCCACUACACAGUAUGUGAAUAUUCACUUUCUGCAGAAGGCAUACAUGCUGUGUUGAGACUGAAUAUCACAACCGAGGCCACAGCCCAUACUUGGAUUGAAGAAUUUAAGGAGCAAACUAAAAUUACUCUAAGACUUGAAAAGAGAAAGAAAGCUGCUGGCCAGAAAAUCAUCUUUGGAGUGCAGCUGCGAUGUCAUCACAACACCAAGCCAGGGAGCCUAACUGCAGAUUCAAGACGUGGCUCAAAAAAUACAAAUUGUCCGGCCACCAUGGAAGUAGUAGUGAAGCAAUACGUACAUACCAAGAAAAGGAGCAAGCAUGUCUUCAUCUUUCAUGUUGAAUGUAGUCACUUUAAAUUAUAGCUAUUGUAAUGGUAGCUAACAGAAUUGGCCUUCUUGUAUGUAAUUCUUGUAAUCAAGGAUGUGUGAUGUCACCAUGGUAAAUUUAGUACUAGUUACAUGAAUGGGUUAAUGAGAAAAAUGAAGGUGAGAACACAUAGAGAGGGUGGGAAGACUUGAUAGGUAUCAGUAUGUUGCUAUGCUGAUGACACAGAGCUGUGGCAGGAGGCCAUUUGUGAUCGAAGUAGUCAAAAGAACAAGGUACGUUAUGGGUUAUAAAAAUAUUCAAUGCACAAUUUUCAGUCUGACAUCUGGACUGAAACUUAACAGCUGACAGAAGUUACUAUAUACCAUACACUUUUCUUAAUAUAUUUCAUCAUUUUCAUUCCCACCAGAUCCAGUGAUGUCCAUGCAACCACCUUGCCUAUGACUGUGCAUUUGAACUUCAGUCACAAUCAUCCAAUCCACUGUGCUGGUGCCUUGAAACAUAGAGACGUCAGUAAUGAGACUGUACUACCAGAUAUUCAAGAAGAAGUAUGGAGAACCUGAUAGCAAGCAGAUGUUGACUCAUCUUAAAAAGGUGAUUGACACCCUCAGUAUCACAGACAGUAAGACUGCAAAAAUGUUGCGAGUUGGUAAUGAUAUUUGCAUUGCCUCUUGCUCACCUCUCAUGAAACGUGUACAUUCAUAUGUGAGAGAGAGUGGUGAACUUGUGCUUGUUGAUGGUUCAGGAAGAGUGGACCACCAUGGGUGCAGAGUUUUUCUGAUGAUGACGCACAGCGCAGCAGGAGGGUUACCACUCGGAGUACUGAUCACCUCGGAAUCAGAAAAAAUAUUAACGCAGGGAUUCCAGCUUCUUAAAGAUCUCUUUCCACCUACUGCGUUCUUUGGCAGACACGAGAAGGGACCCAAAAUCAUCAUGACUGACGAUGCUGAGGCUGAGCGUAAAGCCUUGCAUAAUGUGUACCAAGAAUCAACACUGCUCCUCUCUUCAUUCCAUAUUCUUCAAGCAAUGUGGCAUUUCCUUUGGGAUACUAAUCACAUAAUUAAAAAAGAAGAUAGACCUCAUAUCCUUCAAGCUGUCAAGUGCAUGUUGUAUGCCAAAACAGAAGAAAACCUUGACAAAUACUAUGAUCAACUCUGUGUAGAUGAAAAAACACAGCAAUAUGAAUAUCUUAUGAUUUAUUUGAGGCGCCUAUACAAAAGACGAUCUGAGUGGGCACUUUGUUUCAGAGUUAAGCUUCCAGUCAGAGGUAACAACACCAAUAACUUCUGUGAAGCUGGAAUGAGAGUAAUAAAAGACAAGAUUUUUUACAGAACAAAGGCAUUUAAUGUGGUACAGCUAGUUCACUUCCUUUUCACACAAAUGGAAAAAGUCUAUGAACACAAACUCUUGGAUGUGGCAAACAACAGGAGGAAGCAAUCAUUGGCAUCCCGCUAUAUGUCGAUUGCAAACUGGGAUCUGCCACAAAAUAAAAUUACACGGGUCAGUGUUUAUGAAUACCAAGUGCCCUCUCAAAGUAAUCCUCAUUUGACCUACCAUGUAAACAUGGAUGCAGCCAUGUGUUCGUGUCCAUUAGGGUAUAACGGCGGGCCAUGUAAGCACCAGCAUAUUGUUGCAAAGUACUUCUCUAUCAGUAGUAUUAAUACUGAUACUGUAAUUUCACCCAGCCUCAGAAAAUUGUUUUUCAAAAUUGCUACAGGAAAGGACGAAGCAGAGUGUUGGUUUCAGUGGCCCUGUAAGGCAAGUCAUAGUUGACAGUGAAUGAAAGCUCAACAUCAGCAUGUAUGGACUAUGACACUCAGUCGAGCAUGGAGCUGUCUUGUGACAGUCCUGAAAGCAUUGGAGAGGAAAAGGUCAGUGAAAUUGAAAACGAUAUAGAUGAGAUAUCAAGGAUCCUGAAACAUAGAACAAAUGCCAAGCCAGAAGUCAUUGAGUGCGUCGUUUUUUCAGCCUUUCUUCUGCAUCCUUUUG